AUGCCGCUCAACUCCAAGGCCGUCUACGCCAAAUCGGACGCGGCCUAUGUGCCCUUUGCUAGUCGGCGAAGCACCGUUCACAGCAAGAAUGGCAUUGUCUCGUGUACUCAACCACUCGCUGCCGCGGCCGGCCAUAAGAUCCUGAGCCAGGGAGGAAAUGCGGCAGAUGCCGCCGUUGCCGUUGCUGCCGGUCUGAACAUGACUGAGCCAGGCUCAACGGGAAUUGGAGGUGACAUGUUCUGCCUCUUCUACGAUGCCAAGACGAAAAAGGUACAUGCGCUGAACGGAUCGGGCCGAUAUCCUGGUGGAGCGACUCUGGAGAAAGUCCGCGAGAAAUUGAACCUCGCUCCUGGGGCUGAGGGUAGUAUUCCCAUGCUCAGUGCGCUGGCGACUACCACGCCUGGUGCAGCUGCGGGAUGGGUCGAUACGAUUGAGAAAUUCGGUAGCGGAAAGGUGUCCAUGGAGCAGAUCCUACAACCCGCUAUUGACAUGGGUGAGAAUGGAUUUCCCGUGUCGGAACUGUCAUCCAAUGGUUGGCAAGAAAGCGAGAAUGACAUCCGUAAUGCAUCUCCCAAUUUCCGUGAGAUGCUUAAGAUUGACCCCUCGGCCAAGGAUGGCGUGCGAGCUCCGCUUCCCGGAGAAAUUAUGAAGAACCCCACCCUUGCAAAGACAUUCCGCACUUUGGCUGCAGAGGGCAAGAAGGGCUUCUAUCAAGGCCGCAUUGCAGAGCAGAUUGUCAAGGUCGUGAAUGACUUGGGCGGUUUGAUGACCCUCGAGGACCUGGCAUAUCACGCCAAGGUCGGCACUCAAGAGACGGAGGCUAUCUCUCUCAAGUUCACUGGCCAGGAUAUCAUCUCCAAGCAAAACCCAGGCACCGAUGGAGAGGCCAACCAAGGUGUGGAGGUCUGGGAGCACCCACCAAAUGGCCAAGGCAUUGUCGCCUUGAUGGCCCUGGGAAUUAUGGAGGAAUUGGAGCGAACGGGCAAGAUCCCUCGUUUCAGCCCAGCUCAGCACAACUCUGCCGAGUAUCUCCAUGCUGUGAUCGAGAGUCUUCGAAUUGCUUUUGCUGAUGCAGCCUGGUGGGUGGCUGACCCGGAUGCAGAGAAGGUGCCCUCAAAGGGCCUCUUAGAACGAGAGUACCUCGCUGAGCGAGCGAAGCUAUUCUCCCCUGACCGCGCGGCCGACAUCUUGGAUCACGGUAGCCCUGCUCACAACCACUGCGAUACGGUCUUCUUCGCCGUGACUGACAGUGAGGGCAAUGGUAUCUCCUUUAUUAACAGCAACUACGCCGGCUUUGGUACAGCUAUCAUCCCUGCUGGCUGUGGUUUCACCCUUCAGAACCGUGGCGCCAAUUUCUCCCUGGAGGCUGGACAUCCCAAUGCAUUGGCUCCCCGCAAGCGUCCCUACCACACUAUCAUCCCGGCCCUAAUUACGAACGUUGCGGAUGGGUCUCUGCAUUCCGUAUACGGUGUGAUGGGAGGCUUUAUGCAGCCUCAAGGCCACGUGCAAGUGCUGCUGAACAUGCUUGCUUUCGGAUAUCACCCCCAGGCUGCGCUGGAUUCCCCACGAAUCUGUAUUGCUGCGCCCACAUCGGAAAGUACCGAUCGGACUAUCUUUGUGGAAGAGGGUAUCACCGAUGAGGCUGUGGAGGGCUUGCGUCGCCUCGGACAUAAGAUUGAAGUUUUGACAGAGUGGAAACGGGCUAUGUUUGGCCGGGGCCAAAUUAUUCGUCUCCACUAUGAUGAGGGGUCGCUUGUAUACAGUGCGGGUAGUGAUCCCAGAGGCGAUGGCAUGGCAUUCCCUUUACUAUAG